CAUGACAGCAAAAUAAACAACAUUUUUUUUUUCAACAAAAUGAUUCUUUGUCUUAUUGUUCUUCUAUGUCUCUCUUCCACACAAACAACUCUCUCUCUAAACAACGAUGCCACCAUUCUCCGGCAAGCCAAAUUGGGCCUAUCCGACCCAGACCAGUCUCUAUCUUCGUGGUCCAACAACGACGCCACACCGUGCCAGUGGCGCGGCAUCACCUGCGACGUCACGUCAGCCGUCGUCUCCGUCAAUCUUUCCAACUUUAUGCUCGCCGGUCCUUUCCCCUCCAUCCUAUGUCGCCUCUCGUCUCUAUCUUUCCUUUCUCUCACUAACAACAACAUUAAUGGUUCUCUCUCCGGCGACGACUUCACGGCAUGUAAAAAUCUCAGCUUUCUUGAUUUGUCGGAGAAUCUCUUGGUGGGGUCCAUCCCGGAGUCACUCCCUUUCAAACUUCCGAACCUCCAGUUCCUCGACAUCUCCGGUAACAACUUAUCAGACAUGAUUCCGGCUAGAUUCGGAGAGUUCCGCAAGCUCGAGUCGUUGAACCUCGCCGGGAAUUUCCUCUCCGGUAGCAUCCCCGCCUCGCUCGGCAACGUGUCGACUCUGAGAGAACUCAAACUCGCUUACAAUUUGUUUUCUCCGAGUCGGAUUCCGAGUCAACUAGGAAAUCUCACGGAGCUCCGUGUUCUCUGGCUCGGUGGCUGUAAUCUCGUGGGUACGGUCCCUCCAUCUCUGUCCAGAUUGACUCGCUUGGUUAACUUGGAUUUGUCAACGAAUCGACUCACCGGACCUGUCCCGAGUUGGAUCACACAGCUGAAGAGCGUCGAGCAGAUCGAGCUAUUCAACAACUCGUUCUCAGGCGAGUUACCGGAGGCGAUGGAUAACAUGACGAUGCUGAGGAGAUUCGACGCAUCGAUGAACAAGCUGAAUGGGAGUAUACCCGACGGCUUGACUCGGUUAAACCUCGAGUCGCUCAAUCUCUUCGAGAACAUGCUCGAAGGGACCUUGCCGGAGAGCAUAACUCGCUCCAAAACGUUGACUGAGCUCAAGCUUUUCAACAACAGACUUACCGAAGCAGUACCGAGUCAACUCGGCGCGAACUCGCCGUUACAGUUUGUGGACCUAUCGUAUAAUCGUUUUUCAGGUGAGAUACCGGAAAAUAUGUGCGGGGAAGGGAAACUUGAGUAUCUAAUGCUUAUAGGCAAUUCAUUUUCGGGUGGAAUUCCGAAUAAUCUGGGAAAGUGCAGGAGCUUGACUCGUGUCCGAUUGAGUAACAACAAGCUUUCCGGUCAAAUCCCGGACGAAUUCUGGGGGUUGCCUCGCUUGUCGCUGCUCGAACUCUCCGAUAAUUUGUUCACCGGAAAAAUUCCCGAGACAAUCUCCGGUGCUAAGAAUUUAUCUAACAUGCGAAUCUCGAAGAACCGGUUUUCAGGUUCCAUCCCCGGCGAAAUCGGAUUGCUUGACGGGUUGAUCGAGAUUUCCGGAGCGGAAAACAGUUUCACCGGCGAGAUUCCUAACGGUUUGGUGAAACUGAAGCAACUGAGCAGGCUCGAUCUCAGUACGAAUCAACUUUCCGGCGAGAUUCCUGGAGGAAUUCGAGGCUGGAAGAAUCUGAACGAGCUCAAUUUAGCCAACAAUCAUCUCUCCGGUGAAAUCCCUAGAGAUAUCGGAACGUUGCAUGUUCUCAACUACCUCGAUCUCUCAAACAAUCAAUUUUCCGGGGAAAUUCCGCUGGAACUGCAGAAUCUGAAGCUUAACGUUCUAAAUCUGUCGUAUAAUCAUCUCUCCGGUAGAAUCCCUCCUCUCUACGCUGAUAAAAUCUACGCUCACGACUUCCUCGGAAACCCCGACCUGUGCGUCGAUCUCGAUGGUCUUUGCCACAAGAUCGCACGGCCUAAAAACAACGGCUACGCCUUGAUUCUCCUAUCGAUUUUCACACUCGCCGGUCUGGUUUUCUUCGUCGGGAUCUUUAUGCUCAUCGCCAAGUGCAGGAAGAUCAGAGACUCCAAGAGUCCUAAACUCGCCGCGCCGAAAUGGAGAUCCUUCCACAAGCUUCGCUUCAGCGAGCACGAGAUCGUCGAUUGCCUCGAUGAACGGAACGUAAUCGGAUCCGGUUCCUCCGGUAUAGUCUACAGAGCUGAGCUUAGCGGCGGAGAAGUCGUAGCGGUGAAGAAACUAAACAAAACGGCCAAAGGAGGAGACGAAUACAACGAUUCGUUGAACAGAGACGUUUUCGCCGCGGAGGUCGAAACGCUUGGAACGAUUAGGCAUAAGAGUAUCGUGCGUUUGUGGUGUUGCUGCAGCUCCGGAGAUUGUAAGUUGUUGGUAUACGAGUACAUGCCUAACGGGAGCUUGGCCGAUGCGUUGCACCGCCACCGCAAAGGCGGGGUUCUAAAAGUUGUGAUCAUGCUUCAAGAAGUCUCUGGUGCUGUUUCUUGUGGCGGUAAAAACGCGUCUAAACCUACUAAGAGCGGUGGGAAACUCUCGCCAUACUACACGGAAGACUUAAACAACGUUUGA